UCUCUAUCGUGUGCAAUGUCACGCUUGACGGUCAUUAUAUCACCAUCAGUAUAGUUCAUAAUGACUUAUUUCACGUUGUAGUUUGGCAAUUAUCGUUAUUGAAAUCUGUGUUGAACAUCAGUUAGGCAGUCAUACGUGAAGUGUCGAAAUAGUUUCCUUCAUCUCUGAUUGCACCCAUGUGUUUGUUGAUCCUGCAGCAGCUUCGUCGAAUCAAACGAAAAAUUUGCUAAAUUUCCGCCGACCAUGUCUGAUACAAGUGAAACAGUUUCACUCACGUCUCACGUUCGUCGAGUUCGUGUUCCAUCACAAUGUUCGGACGUGGAUCAGUAUUUGGAUGAUUUGUUUAUGCCCGUUUUGGAUGGAAACACUGACGAGUACUCUGACGCUCGACCUUUGGUCGCUUCCAUCAAGAAAGGCAACCAGCAGUGGAAGGGACCUCUGACUGGAUUUGUGGAUACCCUCAUCACCGAUAAACAACUGGAUGAAGACCUCAAAGGAGACGAUCAAGUGGAUUCAUUGGCAGCAUCCAUUAAAGGUGGAGGCAAAGGCUUGGCAGAUCACAGUCAUUCAAGUCCAUCUUGUGAAACACCAUUCCAGCCGAUGGGCAGCAACAUUGAAACUCCACAACAAUCGCUGGACCUGAUGUCACUAUCACCACUUUUGAUGCCAGGAUUCUUUAGAGGAUUCCCAUUGACAGGUGCACCCAACUCGUACCAUAGCGCUGGACCGACUAGCAACAUUGAUUAUGCCUCGCAUCAGGAUCUGAGCCUUGCUUUCAUCCAAUCAGCAGUGGUUCAGAACAUGCAGAUUCAACAGCAAUUGAUGACUCAGAACGUGCAGAUUCAACAGCAACUGAUGACUCAGAAUCAAGCUCUCCAGCAGCUACUCAAUACGUCGUCUGACAGUACAACCGAGCAUGUCUCUAACGCACGCAAGUUAAGCAUCAGUCACGAAUCCACUGUUUUCAAGGGGGCUCCACCUACAACGCUGCCGCUUUUGCCGGCAGCACAAGGAGAGAUUCAAAAUUCGCUCAAUCCUUUGUCGGUAGUUAAGGGCCGAGAGGUCAGUCCUGAUGGUCAACCGAGGGAUGUACAAGCGGCACCCGAAGGCAUAAACAAAUUUAGGAUAUUGAGACCCAAAUUUGAAUUGGUGACUGCAGACUAUCAGAAAACGUCUAAAUCAUCAAAUGAAAGACCAUCAGAAUUGAACGGACCCAAUGAUAUUAAUGGCGUUCGCAAACUGGAAGACAAGCGUAGCCUGGUGUUUCAGCAAGAGCUCAUUAACGGCCGGAAAUGGGAUUCCGUUGAAGAGUUAGAACACAUCGCCCGGAGGGCUUCGUGCGGGGACAGAAGAUAUGUCAUCGAAGCUGUCCACCAAAUACCUCCUGCCGAGCAAAUGGAUAGAGCUCGUCGUAGUAGUGAUGUGUCUUCAUCGAACAAGCGGCCAUCACAGCUUGAAAUGGCCCGACGAUCCUCGUCUCCCUCGACCACUUACUAUUCGACGCAACCAACUCAACUUUACGAUGGGAAACAUUCGUUACUCCAGUUUGCCCUUAACCAUUUCCGACCUCCCAAAAAAUUUGAAGAGUUAUCUCAUGACAACGUGAGCUCCCUCCUUUGCGGAAGUGGCGACCAUUCGGCGAAGAAAAAGAGCAAAAACAAGGAAUCAAAGGAUCGGCCCGAGUCAGUGGCAGGUGCUGAUUGGACGUGGAAAGAGCAGGUGGAUCUAGUCAAAUUUACAAAGUCACCCAUCCCCGCUUCUCUCUUACAGCUCGAUUCAAACGAGCUCAACAAGCUGGCCUUGGAAGGUUUCAUCUCCAUCAUGAAGUAUAUGGGUGACUACCCAAUUGCCAAGGGCCAGUCAGAAAUUGACAGCGUGUACACUAUUCUAAUGCAUUGCCACAAUUAUGAAGUAUUACGUGAUGAGACAUACUGUCAGAUCAUGAAACAGACAACCAACAACAAAUCCACACGUCCAGAUUCUUGUCAACGUGGCUGGAUACUCUUCUCUAUCAUGGCCGCUUACUUUAGUUGCUCUGAAGUGUUAAAACCGUACUUGUUCAAGUAUUUGGAGGCGGCAGCCUACGACAAACGACGAGCUUAUCACGGGACUGCCAUGGUUUGUUUGCAGAAUUUGCGCAAAACUCUGCGCUACGGUGGCCGUAAAAACAUGCCCAGCAUCGAAGAGAUCGCGGCAUUAACGGCCGGUCGAAAUUCCAAACGUCAAAUGUAUCGACUUCCAGGUGGUACGGAACGUGUAAUCAACACCCAAUCCACUUCGAUCGUCCAGGACGUAAUUGAAGAGAUUUGUGGGUUGAUCGACGUCCGAUCCGAAGAGGAAAUUGGAGAGUAUUCACUCUAUUGCAUCGUGGAAGGUGACACGUUUACAACGCCACUUGCUCGUGAAGAAUACAUCCUCGACGUCACAACCGCAUUGCAGAAGAAUCAACAGGUGUACUACCUGAUCUUCUGCCGUUCAGUCUGGCACUAUCCAAUGCGUUUGGAUAACGCUCUGUACAUUGAAAUUGUCUUUAAUCAGGUAGCACCUGAUUACCUGGAGGGACUGCUGCUCGUCAUGCCUGGUGAGCAGAUCUCUCAAGACUGUGUUUACGACAUUGCGAAAGUAGCUGCUUUACUUCAUCGCGCAGCAGAUUUCGAUCAUAUGCCUACCAUGAAGGAGACGAAAUAUCUGUUGCCGAAACCGGCUCUCUCUGUUCGUGACAUCAAACCUCCACAAUGGGUUAAUCUGGUCCAGAGCUCUUGGAAGGAAGUCGAACAUUUUAAACCGUUUCAGGCCAAAGUUGAAGUCUUGGAGGUGUUAGAAAAGUGGCCACUUUUUGGUUCGAGUUUCUUUGCCGUCCGGCGCGACGCAGAUCCGGCCGAACGAUCUGAAAGUAUUUUAGCGCUCAACCGAAAUGGCGUUCACUUCCUUGAUGUCAUUUCUCACGAAACGUUAGUUCAUUACUCUUAUUUCGAGGUGAUAUCUACUCGCAAAGUCAAAUCGGAGGAGGGCCACCUUUUCUUGGACAUGAAAUGUGGAAAUUUGAUGCUACAGCGCGUGAAACGCAUUCAAACGGAUCAGGCCCACGAGAUAUCUCGUCUUAUCCGUCAGUACAUUACCAUUUACCAAAGAAUCCAGCAGCAUAGCGUUAAAGAAGAGAAUAAUUUGGCUUCACAUUGAUAAUUUAAAAUCGUUUAAAUUCGAGUUUAAAUUUUAACCACGCUUCUAUUGCCCGUUGUGUAAUUUUUCUUCAGAUUGGGUCUAUAACAGUAGAACACGGAGGCUAUUUAAAUAUCCAGAAAUUAAACCAGAUAUUUACUA